UUCCAGCCGCCCCACCCCCUGCCCCACACAAGAUGUCAGAGGACCUAGCAAAACAGCUGGCCAGCUACAAAGCUCAGCUACAGCAAAUAGAAGCUGCACUAUCCGGAAAUGGAGAAAAUGAAGAUUUACUGAAAUUGAAGAAAGAUUUACAAGAAGUUAUAGAAUUAACCAAAGACCUUCUGUCAACUAAACCUUUGGAAACUCUUACAAGUUCAGACAGUUCUGCUUCUACUCAACCUGCUCAUUCAUGGAAAGUAGGAGACAAGUGUAUGGCAAUCUGGAGUGAAGAUGGACAGUGUUAUGAAGCGGAGAUUGAGGAGAUAGAUGAAGAAAAUGGCACUGCUGCAAUCACCUUUGCUGGUUAUGGAAAUGCUGAAGUGACUCCACUAUUGAACCUCAAGCCUGUAGAAGAGGGAAGGAAGGCCAAGGAGGACAGUGGCAACAAACCCAUGUCAAAA